UUUAUUGUUUGUUGCGCAAUACAAAAAGUCAAUACUGUGGAAAAGUCACCGCUCCCAAACAAACUUCUAGAACGAAUCAAAAAAUUAAAUCUCAGAGUUCUCAAAAAUGUCAAACACUUUUAUGGAUAGGGUCCGCUCGUUUUUCGGAUUUGAAUCAAAUUCUCCUAGAAAUGACUUCCGCAAUCCUAUCUGGGGUUCAGACGACGACGACGAUGGAGACGAACUGUACACCAAAAAUCCAAUGGACAUUUAUAAGGAUCCGGUAGACUUGCACCGUGAGUUCUCUAGACAAAUGCAAGAUAUGUUAAAAAAUUUGGGAUCAAUAUUCGGUGACCUCGGUUCCUUCUUCGGUCCCGGCGACAUGGAAUCGUUCGGGACCAUGACAGACUUACCGAUUCCGGAUCCAGAAACCGAUAAAUUUGACAGCAAUCGCAUUAGAGAUUACUAUUUAAAACCUGGUUAUCAUGACUAUAAAUAUGAGCAACCAAAAGUGGACAAUGAUUUGGAUGGGAAGAUAUCUUCUAAUGAGAUAUCCGGCCUCUUGCAGAAAAAGGAUGAAGAUCCGAUAGUUCCACAGACACCUUUCAACGGAACACUUGUUCCUGGCAGACCAUUUUGUCAAACGAUAAUCACAACAAGUGUAACGAAAGCUGACGGCACAGUGGAAACUCGUAGAAUCGUUAAAAAUGGCAAUGAAGUCAUCGAAGAAACAACAACAUCUACUGAACCAGAUUCAAGAGGACCCUUCAACCCUAUGAUAAGCCCUAUCGACACUACUAACUUUAUGUUCUCAACACUUUCAUCACUUUUAAAGAACUUUUACUAAUUUUAAUAAGAAUUGUAGUAACCAAUAAGAGGUUUAAAACUAUUUAUUUAAAAAUAGCAUGUGAUGGAUCGUUUUUGAUUAUGAUGAUAAUGAAGAAUUCAUUCAUAUCACAUCACUCGAGUUCCAAUGUCCAUAAUGAUUUAGUAACUUGUAUUCCAUAUGACAUUAAUAUAGAAUCGUUAUGAUCUUGUAGAUUCAUAAAUAUCAUAAUGUAUGGAUAUUAUUAAAUUAUGAAUAAAAAUACAUAAACAUUGCAA